GUCGUUGUUCCCAGUCCACUCCAUUCAAUAUGGAUUACGAUAGUAAGAAACUCGAGGAAGCUAGAAAGCAAACUAUUCGAUGGGAAGCAUGGAAACGCGAAGAAGUUGAAGCCCGCCAACGUGGACUCGAAUUCAAAAUGUAUUGGGAGAAGCGGCAUAAGGAGGAUCGAGAUGCGUGGAGGCUUAAGGACUUUGCCAACGCGAUCGACAAAAUGAGCCGUGCGGGGUAUAAAGGAAAGCACGGAGAUUUUGAAGUUCCAGCUGAACGCUACGAAGAGCUCAAUGCACUUUAUAUGCAGGCGACUGUAGGCGAUUACGAUGGAAAUACGGCUCUGAAAUGCGGUCAGUACUGGAAGAAGCAUAGCGGAAAGACACAAAUCGAGGCGAUUCGGGAGUAUAUCAAACUGACAAAUCAGACGCUGACCAAGUACGGAUGGAAUCCUCCAGAGGGAUGGGUUUAAGCUGGAAUUUGUUAAUUCUAUAAUUUUUGAUAUUAACUUGAAUUAAUGAAGUGAACAUGGCUUA